AUGUUGGGGAACCUGAAGCUGGUCUGCUUGUUUCUCUGCGUCUCCUGGACUGAAGCUCGUAUUUGGGCCUGGAUGCUCAACAUGCCUCACAGCCCUCCCAAAGAAGGAGCUAAAGCACAUCGAGACAGUGCCCCUGUUGCCAAAGCACUCACGGCUGUUUGUGACCACGACAGAGCUUGCGGACGUGGUUUCUCAUGCGAUCGACACUUUGGUCGUUGUGUGCCUCUGCGUGGAGAGGGCCAUUACUGUCGGAGGGAUGCACAGUGUGUCCGCGGACUCAGCUGCAUGUUUGGAAAGUGCCACCGCAGCAUCCCAAAUGGACAAGAGGGGUCAAGGUGUAAAGUUGAUAGGGACUGUGGGGCUUCCAUGUGUUGUGCCCGGCAUCAUGGCGAGCAGGUGUGUAAGAGACGACUUAUGCAUGGUGAGAGUUGUUAUGUGCCAGACGGCGGCUUGGCAUUCAGCAUCAACCAGAUUUGCCCGUGUGAUGAGGGGCUGCUGUGUCGUGAAAACAGUGGACCACUACGGGGAGAGAGGGAUUUUAUUAACCAGCCAGAACGAACAAGCUGGACCUGCCAAGUGCCCAAACUUUAACAUCAGGCAAAAUGUUAAAGCUAUUUAUUAUGUAUAUAUGAUGUGUAUAAAGAAAUGUAUGUUUCCAAAUUUGCUAUCUCAUAAUAUUAGAGUUCAAUAGCAAAAUUUCAUUGUGUAAAUUUUGACAAAAGCACUGCUUUGUGUACCUUGGCUCAACAAAGCUUAUACAAAAGCUUCCUUGUGUGUUUGACUGUGCCUAUAAAU